AUGUACAACAGGGCUCCAACCACCUCACACAAUGAAGAAAACGACAAUGGAUUGUUCAAUCGAUCUACUAUCAAUGGGGAACAGCAAACGUCAAAACGCAAACGCGUCCGUCCAGGUAAAAACGUUAAGCGUUGGGAGUUGAAGAAGAAGACCGCACUUCAGCCAUUUCAAGCCGCCUCAACUAAUCCAUCUCAAGAACAAGAAGAUGAGAAGGGAAUUUCUUCUACCCAUUCCGCCACCCAAUCUAACAACAACGACACCAACAAUAACCAAAAAGAAAAGAUCUUUGUCUACCUCGUCCCCCCUAGCCACCAGUUUGACCCCAAACCUUCUGAAGCAAUAACAACCCAACAAACUCUCCAACUUUACCAACACUUCACCCAUGGCACCUGUGUUGCUGCGCCUCGUGGUGAACCGCCAUUCUGCAAGGUCAAAUACGUCCCUUUCGAUACGAUGUCUGCUGAAGAGCUUCAAGGCUGGGAAAAACUUGUUUGUCACUUCUUUGACAGGACCAACUAUGUUGCCGCAGUUAAAAACAACGGGCCUCAAAUGGAUGGAUCUAUGUGGGCUGAUGGAUGGCGCAAGGGCUCAAAAAAGGAAUCUUUUGGACGUUACUGCUCCGUUGGAAAACUUGUCAAGAUGAUGCUCCUGGCCAACUACAAUCCUCAAGACGAAGCUGCCUCAAUCAAAGAAGCAAGUGAUUUCAUCUCAAUCCAGCUCCAACAUCUUGCCCCCGGCGUCUUUGAAAAAUACCGUGAAACCUUGAUUGAAAACAACCUCCCAUCCAUGUCUCACAUGGAAUAUCCUUUACCGUAUGAUGCUCUCGACUUUGCCUCUUUUCUCACCUUCACUAUGUUUGACUUCCACAAUGGACCCCACUGCGACACCGACGCCAAUCAUUGGACUCUUGUUUGCUGGAUUCCUAUAUUCAACCCACGCAACUGCUCUGAGGACGACCCCAUUUUGGCCGAUGAUGACUUUGACAUGUUGGGAGGUCAGUUCACCUUUAGGGACUUUCAGGUUUGCUUGGACUUGCAUCAUGUUCUAGGUGUUGCUCUCUGUGUUUUCAGGUCCAGGGAUUACACACAUCAGACCCUGCCAGGAGCUUCUCCAUCUGGCAAGUACACACGUAUUGGUUUCUCUUGUCAAAUGUCUGAAGCUAUGUCUAAUGCUGUAGUUGCUCAUAUCAACGGCACAGCUCCUUUCCUUGAGGUGGCUGGGCAAGAAAAACAAGUAUCCAACGCCCAGAAGAAGUUGUAA